AUGCGCAGGCGCACGAGAUUCAGCAGUGCCGAGCGCGCCGCCGGAUGCGCAGCCGGAGGCCCGCGGUAUUCAGCAGUGCCGAGUGAGCCGCCGGAUGCGCCGCCGGAGGCUCCCCUGAACGCCUCCGAGGGCUUGGAGCCAAGCCCACGAGAUUCAGCAGUGGCGAGUGAGCCGUCGCAUGUGCAGCCGGAGGCUUCGCCGGACGUCUCAGAGGGCUUGGAGCCAAGCCCGAGAUAUGCAGCAGUGCCGAGUGAACCGCUGGAUGCACAGCCGGAGGCUUCCCUGAACGCCUCAGAGGGCGUGGAGCCAAGCCCACGAGAUUCAGCAGUGGCGAGUGAGCCGUCGCAUGUGCAGCCGGAGGCUUCGCCGGACGUCUCAGAGGGCUUGGAGCCAAGCCCGACAUAUGCAGCAGUGCCGAGUGAACCGCUGGAUGCACAGCCGGAGGCUUCCCUGGACGUUUUAGAGGGCGUGGAGCCAAGCCCACGAGACUCAGCAGAGACGAUUGAGCCGCCGUAUGCGCAGCUGGAGGCGCGUUUCCGAUUGCGUGUUGCGUUCGGAUAUGUUGGGACCGCGCAGGAGGAGGAGGAUGCCUUUAAAGAUAUCCUGGAGUGGGAGGCCAAUGUGAAGGAGCCUGCUUCUUGCCCUUCCGCAGCACUGCAAAGGUUCAUGGAUGCGGCUGCGCAGGGCGGUGGCACCCCAGCCGGCACCGCAAAGGUGAUCACCAACGGCCUGAUGGCCCAGCCCGAAGACGUGCGUCCUCCCUGGACCAAAGGGCGGUCGGAAGCCGAGAUCUGCGAAGUCGUCACGCAGUCGAUCUGUGAGGCUGUAGAAGCCUCCUACGUUGUCAAGGACUACAUGGAUGCGGAGCGGGCCAAAGGCCGGAACUUUGACGACAUCUACAGCGAGGUUCAGCCAUACCUCGAGUACGUGUCAAGGCCAUUGGACGACGUAAGUGCCUCCGAACUGGUCGAAGCAAGGUUUCGCGAAGGCCCUCCUACGUUUCAGGAGCAGGCAGCAAGACGAGAGGCCAAGCGCGCCGCCGCACCGCACAGGAAUCUCAUGGCGUGGCCCGCAGCCCCACGGCUCUGA